AUGACUGAAGUCAAUCGCAAAAUUGAUGAGCUGCAUGAGAUUGUCAAUAAUCUCUAUCAGUUGAAUACAAAGUUUGUAAAUUAUGAAUAUUCUAGAAAUGACGACAAACGAAGUACUUGUGAACUGGGCACGCAAACUGAUCUGUACUCGGAGCAGAGUGUUGCUCAACACCCAUCCGUCAUACAGACUGCUGAUAUCAACUUGGCUACCGAAAUAGAAGGCCUCAAGUUAGACUUUGUAAUUAUAGAAUCGAAAACUGCGAGAGAUUUGGAGGCUAACAGACAAGCGAUAGAACAGCUUCGAGGCGAGCUAGCGACCGUAGGGGAGAAGAUUAGAUGCUCCCAAGGGUGUCGUGUACUGCCUAAUGAUAAUGCUAAAGAAAAGUUAAAUUAUUCAACCCAAUUAAGCUUUCAAACACCAAUAAACGUUCAUGCUAAUCAUGGUAACUCUAAUUCAAUUCAACCAUGCGUUACUCACUCACCAACAAAUUGCGCCGAAAAAAACUCAAAUUAUUCAACUCAGCCAAGUGCACAAACAUCAACAAUGUGUGAAGCUAAUCAUGGUAAUCUAACCAAGCGAAGUCCCCAACCACCAACAAUUGACCACAACGUAACAAAUACUUGCGAAAUAGGAAACAGUUCCAGAAUGGAACACAUAAAUACCAUAGCAGAAACUGAACCGUGUGCACCGCGGAGUACCACGAUUGCUGAAUGGAUAGACCGUUUGCCCCUCGUUGAAACAGUACAGUCAAAGUUUAGCACUGAAAGCCGUCCCUUUUUUCGGAAACGCUACCGCAGGAAGAGUCGAGACAGUUUGGUAAAACAGAAUCAUCGGGAAUACAUCAAGAAUCGCCGAACACAAGAUUGGCUCAAUCACCUGAACCUUGUACGCCAUAUUAUGACUUAA